GAUGCCCCACUCGACAUCACAGCACGGAGAGACGGAGGAGUAGAGAGAGAGAGAGGUGAAGAGCGACGACGGUGGAUUGCAGCCCGUCGAAAGAAAGGGUCGAGCGACGCCAGAAAUCUCCAUUUCCGAGCACCAGGUUGAUAAUCAAGACAACAAGAUGCCGCGACCUGAAGAUAUAGCCUGGAAAUUCGUGCUUAGACUGGAGGGCAAGAGAUGGCGUUGUCCUUACUGCCAUAAAGAAUCCUCUGGAUCAGUCACAAGAGUGAAAAGUCACUUUCUUAAACAAGCAAAAGAAGGGAUUGCCUAUUGCACAAAAGUGCCAGAGCACAUACGAACACUAAUGGAAUUGUUACUCAAUCAUGAGGUUCGUAACAAAGAGGAUAUAGCUUGGAAAUUCGUCAAUAGAUUGGAGGACAGCAAAUGGCGAUGUCAUUACUGCAGUGUAGAAUUCUCUGGAGACCUGACAGGACUGAAAGGUCACUUGCUUGGAGUCCCAAAUGAAGGGACUUCCAUUUGCACACAAGUGCUGGACCACGCAAGAGCACUAAUGCUGUUGUUACUCGAUGAGGUGGCUGAAGAAGAGAGCAGAGAGGUGGCUGAAGAACAGAGCAGAGAAGCCCACGGUCAAUCCUCCAUCGAACCAAAUUCCCGUGACAUGCCGAGUCAAGCUGAGGUGGCUGAAGAAGAGAUCAGAGAAGCCAACCGUCAAUUUUCCACGGAACCACAGUCGCCUGACAUGCUGUCUCCAGCUGUUCCUCGCUCAUCACAAAGCUUGGAAGAUAUAGAAAACUUAUUCACAACAACAGAGGGGGCGACCGACUUGGGAAACUUAGACUAUAACCUAGAGCGUCAAUUUUAUGAGACUUUGGCAAUGCCGCCACCGGCACAAAAUAUCCAUGGUGAAAGCUUGUCACGUUCAACGAUGGCUUUAGCAGAAGGAGAAUCGUUUCUUCUCGAUUCGCCAUGUCAGCCACAAUGUUCCAAUCGAUCUCCUUAUCCCGAGGAAAUGCAAAUGAAUGACCACCGAACUCCAGCCGGGGCAUUAUCAUUCCAGUAUGUUCCAUUACCUGCUGUAGGUAAUUCAAAUUGCUUCCAGGACUGCAAUGACUCUCAAUUGCAAACUCCAGUGGACGUAAAUCCCUCAAUUACAUCACAGCGUACAAAUCACAUUACUGGGGCACAAAUCAAUGAUUCGAAAGUUCCAGAGGCGGCAACAAAUACAAUGGGCCCAUCAUCAUCACAAGUGGCUGAAGAAGAGAGCAGAGAGGUGGCUGAAGGACAGAGCAGAGAAGCCAACCGUCAAUCCUUCACGGAACCACAAUCACGUGACAUGCCCACUCAUGCUGAGGUGGAGGCUGAAGAAGAGAGCAGGGAAGCCAACGGUCAAUUUUCCACGGGGCCUUUAUUCUCACCAGGAUUCCUCCUCGAAGAUAUGGAACAGUUAAACUUCAGCCAACAGGAUGUCAUUUGGUUAAACUCUGCCCAACAAUCACAAAGAGAGCGUCAGUUUCAUCAGAGUUCAACAAUGCCGUCACAGGUGCAAAAUAGCCAUGUGCAACCAGUUUUGGUGGCCCCUCAACAUCAAAAUGCUCCACGUCAAUCCGAGAUAAGGAAUGUGCUGCAGAAUCCAACUGCACAAUCAUCAACAGCUCUAAGGGAUAUGGAUUUACGUAUCCUGUCUUCAUCGCAAGCUUCAAAUGCUGCUCCACAGUGGCCGACAGACGUUUCAAACUUCAACCAACAGGAUAUUAAUGAGCUAAACUCUGGUCAACAAUCACAAGCAGAGCGUCAAUUUCCUCAGAGUUCAACAAUGCCGUCACUGGCACAAAAUAGCCAUGGCGAAAGUUCCAUGAUGGCUUCAACGGAAGAAGUGCCGAAUUCUCAUAAUUUGCUAUGUCAACCACAUUGUUGCAUUCAAUCUCAAAUACAAAUGAAUGACCAGCAUACAAGUGACUCUCACAUUAUUGAGGCAACAACGGUUGAUUCGCAAGUUCCAGAGGUGGCAACAAAUGGGACAGGCCCAUCGUCAUCACAAGAUAUGAACAGGGGUUCUCCAGUCAUGGACGUACGAAGCAUCUAUGCCAACGAUGAAGAAAUAAGAAACCUGAAAAGAAAAGUGGAAGAACUCGACGACAAAGAAGCUGUCAUUAAGGAGCAGAUGGAGAUAGAGUCUGCUGCUUCCUCAGUUCAGAAGAAGCCGAGGAUAUUGGUUGAGAGAUGGCUGAAAGAGACAGAAAGGGCAAGAAAUAAUUUCCAAAUAAUUGGCCAAGCCAAUGCGGAAAUUUUGCCACCAAAGGAAAAGGUGGAGACAUUGACGAGAGAAGUGGAAGAACUCAUAGAAAAAACGCUUCCACAAACACUACUCAUAGAGGAGAGAGAUGCCAAAGGAGUCAAAUUUUUGGAACAAAAGCUGACGGGUGAAGUGAUUCAUAGGAACAUUGAGUUGAUUUGGGACCGUCUGAAGGAGAAUCAUGCAUGCAAAUUGGGUAUUUGUGGAAUGGGUGGUGUUGGGAAGACAACUAUCAUGAUGCACAUACAUAAUAGACUUCUCGAAGAUGCAACCUUCGAUGGUGUGGUUUUUAUCACUGUGUCUCAAGAUUUCAGCAUUAAGAAUUUGCAGAGUGAUAUUUGGAAGGCACUUGAAUUUGGUGUUAUGAAGGAUGAGCAUGAGAAGAAACGAGCAGCAAUGUUGUCGGAGCAAUUAGAAAGAAAGAAGAAUUGUGUAUUGAUUCUUGAUGAUGUGUGGGAACGUCUUGAUCUUGAAGAGGUAGGAAUCCCUGUUAGAGCAGAUGGAUGUAAGUUGGUCUUAACCACUCGAUCCUUUGAUGUAUGCUGCCAGAUGCAUUGUCAAGAGAAAAUCAAAAUUGAACCUCUAUCUCAAAUAGAAGCUGAGAGUCUAUUUUUGGAGGAGCUUGGAUCCGAAGUUCCACUUAAUUCGGAAACUAAAGCAAUUGUGAAGUCCAUUGUUGAAGAAUGUGCAGGAUUGCCAAUUGGAGUCAUCACGAUGGCAAGAAGCAUGCGAGGAGUGACUGAUGUGUUUGAAUGGAGGGAUUCCCUGGUUAAAUUGGAAGAAUCGAGUAAGGGGCAAACAGAUAUGGAGAAGAAGGUCUUAAUGAAUCUAAAAUUCAGUUAUGAUCGCCUUGGUAAUCCUGAUGUGCAACAAUGCUUCUUGUCUUGUGCACUUUAUCCAGAAGAUGAAUUGAUUGAUAAGUUUGAGUUGGUAGAAUUCUUUAUUGACCAAGGAUUGGUUGGUGGAUUGAAUACGAGGAGGGAACAAUAUGAUAGAGGCCUCACCAUAUUGAACAAACUACGAAAUGUUUGCCUAUUGGAAGAUCAUGGGAGCAAGAUGAAGAUGCACGAUUUGAUUAGAGACAUGGCAUUGCACAUCAUGAGUGUGACUUCCAUUGUAAAAGCAGGAAAGCGGUUGGAAAGUAUUCCAUCAGAGGAAUAUUGGACGGAUGCUUUGGAGAAAGUUUCUCUGAUGAGAAGCAAAAUAAGUAAAAUUCCACUGAACAUGUCACCAAAUUGUCCUAAACUAUCAACUUUACUACUGAAUGAAAGCUUGUUAGGGGAUGUGGUCCUCCCUGAUUCUUUCUUCAAACAGUUAUGUGGGCUAAAGGUUCUAAACCUGAGUGGAUGUGAACUAACAGAACUUCCAAAUUCCAUCUCAGAUUUGGUAAACUUAAGGGCACUAUUGCUUAGAGGGUGUUGGGGAUUGUGCCAUAUUCCUUAUUUAGGGAAGCUCACAUCUUUAAGGAAGCUGGACGUUGGUGGCUGUUCUAAGCUUAAAGAAGUGCCCGAGGGUCUGGAAAUGUUGGUGAACUUGAGAUACCUUGAGAUUUUUGUUGAAUUACCUGAAAGAGUACUGGAGGGUUUGCUAAACUUGCAACAUCUUAAAGUUGAUUUUCUAGAUGGACAAGACAUGACAAAAUUGAGGGCACUGGAGACACUCGAAUGCUCUUUUGAAGAUGCGAAUGAUUUCAAUAAGUAUGUGAGGGUUAUUGAACAGAGUAACUCUCGCUGCUAUUAUUCUCUCUGUUAUUAUCUUGACAGGGGUGACAAAUAUCAUGAUGAGGAAUACUGUGAUAUUACUCAAAUUGAGUAUCUAAAGAGGGAAGUCAACAUUUGGGGGUGGGAUCAUGCUAUUGUGAGUGUGGGAGGGGAAUGCACCAGCAUUUUUAUUUUGAUUCCCCAAAACGUGCAGAAAAUGGCAAUUACUUGUUGCAACGGUAUAACAAGUUUGUCUAGCAUAGGUCCGCUUGAAUACCUUGAGGAGCUAUAUAUAGGAUACUCAGAAAACUUAGGGGUGCUCUAUAGAGGAGAAGACGAAGAGGUAAUUGACAUCUUUGCCCCAGCCCUUGCGCCUUUCCUCUUCUCGAGCCUUAGGGUUUUAACAAUAUAUUAUUGUCCGAAACUGAAGUAUGUCUUUGGGCAUGGGUCUAAAUCCAACCUUCCACAUCUACGAGAGAUUGAUAUAUCUGAAUGUGAGACGGUGGGGAUAAUAGCAGCAGUUACAUCCCCACCACCACAUCCGCUCCCAUUUUUCCCUAGUCUGGAACAGAUUAGCAUUAGAGGCUGUGACAAGAUGAAGAGAGCGGUGGAAUCCGAGUGGAUGCCCCACUUCCCUAAUCUAAGAAGAAUCACAGCAUUUAAUUGUGCGGAGAUGGAGGAGAUAAUUGGAGGUCCUCCCCCAUACUCGCCGGAUGAACAGAUUUCUCUCGAAUCUCUUAAGGUAAGCCUUUGCCAUAACAUGCGAAAGCUGCUUACGUAUAAGUGGCUGCUCCAUCUUCGAAAUCUUCAAAGUAUCGAGGUCGCUGAGUGCGAAGGAAUGGUGGAGUUGAUAAGCGGAGCGGGACAAGGCCAAGAAGGAAGCAUAACGACUUCUGUAAACAACACUCCUUCAUCCUUCCAGCCUUCUUCAAUUUCUCUCCCAAAGCUAGAGUGUUUGACGCUACGCAAUCUACUCCGGCUGAAGAGCAUAUACAAAGCCCCAAUAAGCUGCGAUUCCAUGAAAAGAUUGGACGUGUACGGAUGAUUGACUUAUUUCAAGUGCCAUACGUUGUUGCAAAUGGAUGUGGUACUGUAAAGUUCCAUAUUUACUAAACUAGAAUAAUCACAGGGUCCAUAGAUGUGAUGAAGUACUUGUAUAUCAACGAAAUAAGAUGCAUGUUCCUCGCGCAUGGUUUGACCAGUGCCAUACUACGAUCUAGGCAAAUUUGACAGUGUUGCUUAAUCUAAACAUUUUACUACAGA